GAUUUCAAUACCUUUAGUAGGAAACCUUUAAUCUGCAAUAAAUGUUGGCACAGGCAGAGACGGCAACAAAGGAGGCAUCAUAUACGUUAGCUAGCUAGCUGUAGCUGCCUCUCAAUCUGUAGAUCUCAUCAGUCAGAUCUGUUAUUAGCUAGUCAGCUACUGUCCAGAUAACAAACUUGCUAUGUUUGACUGGAUUGUAACCUGUAAAGGAAACAUUGUUGCUCGAAUGAGCAAGUUGAUGUCAAUGAUGUGGUUUGGUAUAGACUGUCAGUAAGCAAAUAGGUUAUCAGUAAUUGACAAUCAUGGUAUAUUGCAAGGCUGCUGUUGCGUGUACAGUGAGCCGUUGCUGGCUGCCUAGUGGUGUAACAUUUCAGAAUCUCAGUGCAUAUACAUGAAUGUAAAUUGAUGUAGCUAAUGCCAUCAAUUAGGCUGGGGUGACCAAGGUUGGAGUGCAUAAACAACCCCAACAAGAUAUCAAUUCAGAGUUCUGUGGAUAGAGUCUUAAAACUGAAUCUAAUGCAUAUCCUGUGGUAUUGUAGCUUCGGUAGAGAAUGACAUUACUGACGUACGUCCACAUUUUGACAGUAUGACACUAGUGUGUUGUCAAAAUUGAAUUUGUUGUUCUGAAGCUGUGCCACGUGGGUGUUCUGCUUAAACCACUAACCAGUUGCCCAUGUGCUAAAGAAAGGUGUGAUGGGGACUGAAUCAUCUUGUCGUUUACCAUACCCAUGGAUCUUCAUCUCCAAGUUUAAAAACUUUGUCUUUAUAGAUUCUUGUCAGAUUUCUGAUAGCUAUUCUUGGAAAUUAGUACAAACUAUCUUGUAUCUAAACAUACCUGUUUUGUAUUUGAUUGAAACUUGUAAGAUUUAAAAUAACAUAUUAAGUUAGUCCAGUAUCUCGAAUGUUACCCUUUACUAGGAGAACGCACUAUAGAUUGGUAAGACAAAGUCGACGUCAUGCUCAUCCAGCCAUGACACUUCGAGCACGGAAUCAUUGGUUAUUUUCUUACUUGAAAGCUAAUAGACCUAUUCGAUUGGGAAAACAUGCUGUCUGGCAGUCUUCUUGAUUCGACCUAGAUCCAAUAGGGAAGAACCAAAAUUUGACUUCCGGGUUGGUCUGAAGGAAAAAAAGCGUUCAUUUUCAUGGAUAUAGAUAGAGUUGGUACUGUAGCUCAGACACAGAGGGAGAUGUCUGUGCCACCUCAGGUCUGGGUCAGCUAGGCAUUUGGGUUUCUUCCUGCUGCAAUCCUGGGAAUCUAUAACAUGUGCCUCCAGCAAAUGGGAUUUGUGAUUGCUACAAUUUUACGGAAAAUCUAUCCGAGCCUGCGGUUGUUCUAAUCAAAUGUGUGAGGAGGAGCGACUGUCCCAUGUUACAUUAGUGUCGGUGUGAAAUGCUGGCCUGUCUGCCGCGGCCAGGUGACCUCUCCCUCCAGCUUCUCCCCCACACGCAGAUGAACACUGGACUUCAGAAAUGGGACACUACACAGAGGAUGAGAUCCGCUCAGUAUCCGACCCCUGCAGAAUUGGAUGCCUAUGCUAAGAAGGUCGCCAACAACCCCCUGACCAUCAAGAUCUUCCCCAACAGCGUCAAGGUCCCCCAGAGGAACCACGUGCGGCGCACGGUCAACGGGCUGGAUACCUCAGGCCAGCGCUACAGCCCCUACCCCCCCUCUCAGGCCAGCGUCAAGGCCGGCCUCCUGGCCGUCAUCAAGGCGCCCCUCGUCAAGGGCAUCCUCAAGGACUUUGACGGCAGCCGGGUCCGCCUGCACUCCGAGGUGAUCAUGAACCCCCCCGCGGGGCCCUACGCAGCCUCCUCGGCCAGCACUUUAACUCUCCACCACCCGCCGGGUGGGCCCCGGCCCCCGCAGAGCCUGCCCCCCCACCCCCAGACUCUACAAACUCUGCAGGGCCAAGCGCAAGGCCAGGGCCUCAGACACCCACCCCCUUUAUCCCAGCACCCCCGACCCCAGACUAUGUCCUCCCACGCCCCUGCACUGGCCCACCCCCAGCCCCCCGCCCUCCAGCUCCAGCAGCAGCACCAUCCGCAGCCCCCUCCAGGCCUGCAGGGGGGCAGAAAGCUGCCGGAUGGCGACGCGCCCCCCAACGUGACCGUCUCUACCUCAACCAUUCCUCUCUCCAUGGCGGCCGGCCUGCACCAGGGCCGGCAGGCCGACCUGAGCACCAUCGUGCACCAGAUCAACCAGUUCUGCCAGGCGCGGGCCCAGGGGGCCAGUGCCACAUCCAUGUGCGAGGGGCAGAUCGCCAACCCCAGCCCCAUCAGCCGAAACCUGCUCAUCAACGCCAGCUCCAGGGUGUCCAUGCACAGCAGUGGCCCCAACGGUCCCGGCCUGCCGCCCCACAACUGCGUCAUGGGCCCCGCAGACAACGCCGCAGCCCCUGUGGGCCACCCCCCACCCAACAUGGCCGCCAUGAACCGCAUGCCUGUCUAUCACAAUGAUAUCAAGCAGCAGCAGCAGCAGCACCACCAACAGCAGUUACAACAACAUCAUCAUCUUCAACAGCAGCAGCAGCAGCAUCAUCAACAACAACAUCAACAACACCAACACAACCACCAACAGCAGCAACAAAUGCGCUCUUGGAAUCAGCACCAGCUGGCUCAGCUCCAACACAUGCAGGACGGCGGGGGGCACCCCUGCAAGCAUCCCCCGAGGGACCCCGGCUUCCCCUGCAAGGGCCUGGGCUACCCUCCGGAGCUGUGCGUGGGCCAGCCUUACGCCCUGAAGCCCCCACUGGAGAAGCCCACCCCCUCGCCCCCCGUCAACAACAACGGCAUGCCCAUGGCCCACUACACCAACGGCCACUACUUUCAGCCCCACGUCUGGAACAGCAGCAUCCUGCCCACGCCCAACAGCGACAGCUCCGGGUCCCAGGACCUGGCCAUGCCAUUCCACGGGGGCAACCCGGGGGGGGCCGCCACCCUAGACUGUGCCCCCCCCGGGGGGGGAGGCCAUUACAGGCCAGGGACGGGCUCCUCCGGACAGACUACUCUGAUGCAAACGGCAGAUUAUUUGGGCGGGGACUUCCAGACGCCCUGCUUCCGAGAUCAGAAUCUGGGGCUGAUGGGCAAGAUGCACAGGCCUCCCAUGAACCGGGUGGGCCCGGAGGCCGGAGACGGUCGACCUUCUCACGUCCAGCACCCAGGGUACAGAUAAGCUAGGGCCUUGUCUACACAGCAGUUAUCAAAACAACCUUCUUUCAGUCCUAAGAGGUAAAAACAUGAAAUGAAUAAAUUCAGUAAAUGGCCGCCAACGUUUGAAAGAGGACAAAUGAAUAUAUUUAAUAAAGAGCAGUGUUUUUUUUUUUUUUUUUUUUUUGUCAAUUUUUUUUUUUUUUUGUCAAUCUUGCAAGUGAUCAAUUGAUUUUGUAAACGAGUGCUUUUACCAGGCACUUUAGGGAACUUUUUUUAUGUAUGUGAUUGUCGUCAUUCCCAGACCUCUUUCCCAAUCCCACCUGUCUAUCAGUGUGCCUGGAUCUGAAGGAUCCUGAGUUAUUUUGGACUUCAGACCUGUCCUUAAAGUUUUCUUUUUACACAUGAAAGAUGUCUCCUGCAGACGAUGAAGGAAAUCUGACUCCUCACAGAACUUCUUUUGAGGAUCUUGAUGUUCUUACAGAUUCACGUCGGGAUUCCUCUGCUCAGACUAGCGACUUUUGUCGGACAAGCGACUAAUUCCUUCUUUGUGUUUACAUGUGAAACUCAUAGUGAUGCCGAGUUUAAAUACAAGAAUAUAAUACACUUUCCCCUUGAUGUCGCAGCUGACGAAAGGUAAUUAUUUCUUCAGUGCAAACCUGUCACUGGACGCUACAAAGUACUUAUGGGCAGGCUUGCUGUAUGCACAUGUAGAAAGAAGCUGUUUUUCUUUUCGAAAUGUAAUUAUUUAUUUGUGAAAUAGGACUGUUUCUGAAUCAGGUCACUGUUACAGAUUGAUUCCUCGCUGUCUCUGAAGUGUCUAAUCAGGUUGUUUGUACAGAGUCGAGACAUCUAGAUCCUGCAGGAACCUGAAGGGCAGACUGGGCCGGACGCUCUCUUGCUCACAAUGCUGCAAUGAAUUCAGGUGACUGUUACAAACCCAUGUCUUUUUCACCAAUGCCAAUGAGUUUGGCAGCAUGAUUGUGAAAUCCUUUUUUUUUUUUCUCUCUCUCUUUCCAGUGUGUGGGGGACGGUGGUACAAAGACAUUAAAUGGGUUCAAUCUGAAGCCUUAGAUGGCCAAAGUCAAAUAUUUGAGGACAAACUGAUUUUUAAAGAUGUGCCAUUUUAUGCUGGUUUAAUUUUCCUUUUUUUCUUCUGAACCCGAAAACUAUUACUUGAAUUGUUGAAAUGAGAUGUUGAGUUUUGCAGGUGUUUGUUGAAGAGGGGGAGGGGGGGGGGGGGGGUGUGGACUAGUUCACAGGACUAAACUUGCUACUGCAGUGGAAAAGGAGUUGUUACUAAUGUCAUUUAGAAACUAACUAUGAACCAAAUCAGAGUUUGUUGAAAUCAUUGAGGUAGCUCAAGUUAGGUGUAGUUGCUACUGAUUCUGAUUUGAAGUGUGCUUGAAAAGACCAAAUUGAUCACUUGCAAGAUCACUUGGAGGUAUACAAAAGGAUGUUUAAGUUAAAGUGAAACAGCAAAUGCAUUGUUUAUUUUAUUGUACACUGGCUUACCUACUAUACUACUGUAACUUUAAAGUGUAAUGAUUGUGAAUGAAUGUUGCCUGCUGAUGUGGGUUAACGUGCGUGUGUGCGUGAGUAUCAGAAUAUAUGUGUGUGUGUUAGCAGAUGUAUGCGUGGGGGAACACACUGAAACCCACACCCUGUUUGCCCCCUUCCCUGACAGCCCUUAAAAAGCCUUAAGUAUUCGGUCCUGGGACUUUCCUUUUGAAAACAAGCAUGGUUAUAAUGAACCCAAAAUGAUGAUAAUGAGAGUGAGUAUUGCAAGAAUACAGAGGAAAAGCAAUUUCUCUUUUUGUUAUAAUUGACUUUAUUUUAAUGAAGUUUUGUUUGAUAGAAGAAAAAGAAAAAAGCAAUUCCUUAGUGAUACUUUAUUAUGAAAACAGGAAAUGGAGUAAUAUUUUGUAAUUCUAUUUUAAAGCUUUGUCUAGUUACUGGGCUGUAACAACACUUUUUUUCCUUCAGAGUUUCAAAGCUUCAGUUUGCAUUGUGACUAUUUAUAAUACUUGAUUUGCUUGUUAUUUAAAUCUUUUGUUCUUUUUUUUCCCUCUUUAUUUCUUGUACUAUUGCUGUGAAAUGGAAGAAGGUCCACCAGCCUUUCUUUGGCGUGACACUCUGUGGCUUUUUGACAGAUGAGGCGAGAGUGUGAGAGUUGUGCUACUCUUUUUGUAAUAUUGUAAUAAUAAAAUAAAGUUCUAAUUUAUGCUUUG